CCAGAACAUUGUAUCAGACACGCGCCGUACUUCCCAGUCCGUUUGAAUUUGGUUCGAGACCGCCAGGACCUGUUAUAAAUAUGGAGGUCCUUCCGUAUCUUUUGCAACUUGAACAUUUCUACAUCGAUUAUGUCCGUUCAACUGGAAGAAAUCCUCAAACAACUGGACGUGCGUGUCGUCGCAUCCUUGACCGGUCUCGUUUUAGUACCAGUCUUCUGGACAUAUAUCACGCGCCAAAAGGAUCUUCCUCCGGGUCCACGACCAUCCCCAGUAGUCGGAAAUUGGUUCAGUCUACCUCAGAAUAGGCCGUGGAUGGUUUAUCGGGAUUGGAGUCGCUAUUACGAUUCGGACCUUAUUCAUCUCAACGUUUUCGGGACGCAUUUGAUUGUCGUUAAUUCCCAUAAAGCUGCCAAAGAGUUGUUUGACAAAAGGUCUGCCAUGUAUGGCGACCGACCGCGGAUGACAAUGAUCAAUGAACUAGUUGGUCUGUAUUGGCAUUUUGGCUUUAUGCCACAAGGCCCAUCGUGGACCACGCACCGGAAAAUAUUCUCGAAAGACUUCAACUCAGCGGUCGUAUCCAAAUUCUGCCCCCUUGAAUCGAAAUGGAACAGAAUCUUCUUGAAGAAUCUGCUGAAUGAUCCUCAUUCUUUUCUGACUCACAUACAACAUUUAGCCAGCGGGCUUUCUCUAGAACUCAGUCACGGGCUUCUAGUCCAAGAAUCCGGGAAACCUGACCCUUUCAUUAAUGCUGCUGUUCAGUCACUCGAAGGCCUCGGAGCUGCGGGACUCUUUGGUUCAUAUCUAGUAGACUACCUACCGAUCCUUAAAUACGUGCCUUCCUGGUUCCCGUUCGCCAGGUUUAAACGUGCUGCGGACAAAUGGCGCCAGGCUGUGGACGUCGCUGGCACGGUGCCUUUCAGCGUUGCAACAGCGGCCUUAGCAAAAGGGGAACUUGGGCCGUCGGUAUUAUCCAACCUUCUUGACUGUAAAGAGUUUAACGAAGAUGACGUCCGUCGAACAACUGCGGCGAUGUUUGCCAACGGGUCAGCCGCUACCGUAACGGCACUUAGUUCGUUCUUCUUGGCUAUGGUGUUGCACCCCCAUGUGCAAGCCCGCGCACAAAAGGAGCUUGACAGUCUUCUUCAAGGGCGACUUCCUGACUUCUCAGAUGAUGUGUCCCUUCCAUAUAUCACGGCCAUCGUAAAGGAAGUACUACGUUGGAACCCUGCGGUACCGAUGGCUUUUCCCCACAAACUAACCUCUGAUGAUUCAUACAAUGGAUACUUUUUGCCAGGAGGAUCAGUCAUCGUCCCAAACAGCUGGGCGAUUCUGCACGAUCCGGCUGUUUACGGAUCUGACGUUGACGAAUUCAACCCAGAGAGGUUCUUGACUCAAGAUGGUAAACUUAAUCCCCAAGUUCCAGAUCCUCAGGUCGCUUUUGGGUACGGAAGGAGGGUCUGUCCCGCACGGCAUCUGGCAUUGUCCGCAUUAUUCCUGAAUAUUGCGACUGUUCUGAGCGCAUUUGAAAUCAGCCAGGCUGAAGUUCUACCGUCAGGGGAGUUUACCUCCGGACUGCUUAGCUAUCCUUCACCAUUCAAAUGCACCAUUCGACCGAGGUCAAAAGAGUAUGAACAUCUCGUAGCGUCAUCUACCUAAACCGGGCAAAGUUUCCUGAGUUCACAUUUAUCGUCUUGUCCUUGUCUUUGUACGUGACUCCUUGAGUCGGACUAAUCUCACAAAUCUUAUCCCAGAUACUUCUACGUAAAUUUGAUCGAAAAUACACGUUUGAACCUCGGCUCAGUAUGUAGAAGC